CGAUUAGGAGAUCAAGGUCUCUCUUUCACCUCAUAAAAGAAGAAAAUGGCUGAUCUUGAUGGCGGUUUCCUGCGUCUCCGGUUAUGGAGUCUACAAGGUUUAUCAUUCACUAUCUGUCACCACCAAGAGGAAACGUCUUAUAAAGAUCCUCGGAGCUUUCCUCUCUGCAGCCGAGACCAUGACCACCGUGUCUCAAGACGUGAAGAGAUUUCUCAACUCUGAUUCCGACAAUAUCCCAAACAGCUUGAAACAGAUCGCUAAGAUCGCCACGUCAGAUGAGUUCACGAGCUCUCUCUCUACGGUUACUCAGACUGUAACUGUUGGUGUCUCUCGUGGUAUGUCCAGCUUUGAGUCUACAGGGAUUGGCUCAGAGCCAAGUGUUGUUGAUAGAGUGAUUGAUAAGGCGUUCUCAGAGGAAGGAGGUAGGUUUCUUUCCGCUGUAGUUGGUAGCUUUGCUAAGAAUCUUGUUCUUGGGUUUCACUCAAAUGAGGUCAAGAAUGAUUCUGAGGAGACCACUCCUCAAUGGAUGAGAUUGCUGUGUGAUGAUAAGUGUAAAGAGCUUUUAUCUGAUUGCAUUGAGAGAUUCAGCAGCACAACAGUGUCUGUAUACCUCGACAAGACGAUGGACAUCAACACUUAUGAUCAGAUCUUUGAAGGUUUGACGAAUCCGAAACACCAGGACAGCGUAAAAGACCUUCUUGUUACAGUCUCUAGUGGUGCUCUUCAAACUAUCGUCAGGACCUCUCACGAUGUCUUUACAUCUCCUUCUUCAAGGUCUAAUAUAGAAGAGAUCAAGACAAGGUGUUAGGAACUCUCCUAAUCACUUUUAGUCCUUGUUAGGUAUUCAUAAGCGUCCUUCUUGUUAUAUUAGUCAUAGUUGGAGCUGAAAAGACAAUAUACAUAUUGUGUCUUUGUAUGUACACACACUGAUCAUUCAAUAACAAAAAAAAAGACAUACCGUUUCACAAUUAAAUAGUUUUAUAACUUAUAACCAAUCUAAUGUUCUAUAAUCUAGGCUUUGAGAUGUGGCAUAGACCUAAGCUUAUCACAGCAGUUAUAAACGCAUGCAGUCUAAAUUAUAUACGUCUGAACAACCUGCCGUUUUCUAUACGUAACAAAGAAACAGCAGGAUCAGAGUCACAAUGAGUUCAUAGUCUCGCAUACCUUCUUCUCCUAAUCAUCCACCAAUUCUUCGCUGGAGCUUUCCACUGGUUGUUUACCGGCAGUUUUUGAACUACUGCUCCUUUUGUUGGAAUUGUGAAAAUCCAUGUCCAACUCUAUAUUAUACGAUUAGUAUGAUAUUGUCCACUUUGGCCUAGGAGGCUGGGCCGCAUGGUUUUACUUUUGGUUUCAUUCCCAAAAGACCUCGUACUAUUAGAGUUGGACAUCUCUUUUAUAUCUCUGCUACACACACCUCCCAAUCUUAACUCGAUGGGCUUCGUUCCUACUCCAAGGGUAUUUUGGUCUUCUUGCAGAUUUCUCGUCAACCGCUCUGAUACCAAUUGUUGGAAUUGUGAAAGUCCAACAGUCCAACUCUAUAUUAUCCGAUUAGUAUGAUAUUGUCUACUUUAGGUCUAAAAGGCUGGCCCACAUAGUUUUACUUUUGGUUUUCUUUCCACAUGGUUCUUGCCAUUCAGCUGAUUUCGUGCUCCUUGAUGUUUCUUCUCUGUUGCUAAGCUAUUUUCAUGGUCUUUGACUUGUAAAUGUGUUUGUUUGUGUCGACUUGUAGAUGUGUCUGUUUGUCUCUAUUUCUAACUGUAUGAGCUGAUUUUAGAUGACAUGUUUAUCAAUCUGACAUUUUGUUUUGCCUGUAGAUCAUUCGCUUUAAGGAGUGGAAAUACCUUGGCCUCAUGAACAAUUACAAACUCUGCGCUGAAACAACCGACCUUGAUUCUUUUGAAAGAUAAUCCCUGAAAAAUGUUGCUGCCAUCAUUGCUCAUUCAGUGGUCCACAUCGAUUUGGAUGACGGUUCGAGUGGCACAUGAAUCAUUAUAGAUAGUGGUGGCACGAUAAUAACAUGCGCCCAUGUUGUUAUCGAUGCACACCUACUUGGAAAUAAAGCAUAUUCCCAAUCUGAAAAAGAUAGAAUAUAAAGGAGUAGUUACGAAGAAUCGUUGUUGGUGGAGAGGUAAUUGGUAUGGUUGUUGGUGGAGAACCAUAGAGGAUUGUAUUUGCCUUGAGACUUGAUUCAUUGUUCCAAAUCUUGAAGACGAUAUGUUAUAAGCAUGCAAAUUCUGUGGUGCGUCAGAAUUGAUUUUGUGAACUAUCAUCAAUUAACUCAGGAACUCUUCUGUGAAGAGGUUUGGUUUCUCUAUAGUGUUUACUAGUUAGUUGAGUUUAUUAAUUGAAGCUGUUUUUUGUUGAGUAUGUCAAGUUUCAAUGUGGGUAGGUAGACAUUGCUUUGCUCUGUUUAUAGUUUGCCAAAUACCUCUUGGCUUAGGAAAUGAUUGGGAAAAUUGUCAAGUUAUUAACCACAUCUGAGCCAAAAUUGUGCGAUUAGUGUCUCCUUGGAAGUUCUUCUCUAAGCAAGUUCUUCUUCAUUUAAGCUGUAUCUUUUCUUUUUGACUAUGUCUAUUUGUAUAUUUUGCUUAUUAGGUUUUACUUGUAACGUUAUGAACAAAUCUGUGCAUUUGUUUUGGGAAAUUGGCACACUCCUAUGUGUGUGGAUUGAAAUGAAGCUUUACAUAAUCUGUUUCAAAACCUGUUUAUUCCACUGCUGUCUAAAUUUCAUUCUCUUAGGUUGACUUGAAACAUAACGAUAGAUUGAUAUAUAUGUAUGUUAUUUCUCGUCCAUGGCAUAGUAUUCUUUUCUUCCUGAAUGUUGUUUAUGUUAAAUAAACUUUUUUAUGCUGAUUCUUUAGGUUUCUUGCAGAUUGGAGCUUGAUUUUGCAGACAAUUGGAGUAAAGACUGAUUUUUUGGCGCUUAGAUUGUGUUUAUGUUAGUUGACACUUCAUGUCUCAACGUAUGAUUGUGACUAGUCCGUUUUUGGAAAGAUGUAAAUGAUAUCUUAUGAAUUUGCAUGAUUAUAACUAUCAUUUAAUGUAUAUAUUUGUCAUUUAGAUUAUCAUUUAGGCAAUUAUUAGGAUUGCAUUUCUAUGCAUAUGUCUCUAUUAGGUGUUGGAGUUACCAAUUGGAAGUUUGGGGUCAGUUUGAAAGGAUAUAUUUGGGGUCCUUCUUGUUAUAUUAGUCAUAGUUGGAGCUGAAAAAAACAAUUUACAUAUUGUGUCUUUGUAUGCACACACUGAUGUUUCAAUAACAAAAAAAAAGAAGACAUGCCGUUUCACAAUUAAAUAGUUUUAUAACUUAUAACCAACCUAACAUUUUCUAUCAUCUAGGCUUUGACAUGGGUCAUGGACCUAAGCUUAUCACAGCAGUUGUAAACGCAUGCAGUCUAAAUUAUAUA